CGGGAAAGAAUUCUGAUGAGAACGAAAAACGUACAACUUUUAAUAGAGUUGGAGAGCACGCCAGAAGAGUCAUAAAGCACAAGAAUAAGCAUAAGUAUGACGAUGAUCCAGAUCAAGAUUAUAUUAAGAAAGGAUUAGAUAAGCUCGAUUAUCAGGAUUUGAACGAUGAGGAUGACAUGGUAUACAAUCAGAUACAUCACAGUGAGGAAUUAGGAGGCCUUGAACAAGUAAAGUUCGAUGCUGAGGAACGUUUGGAGUGGCAGCUCAUGUUAGCUUCAGUUUUACAGGGAGAGGUACUGAAAUCUGAGAAGUCGAGAAUGAUAGGUAACUUAACAAAAAAUGAAAAUGAAUCUAAAGCCAACUAUCAAUAUCAACUUUGGGUUGGUUUACGUGCGAAGUUGAAAGGCAGAACAGUAGACGAUGAACUCUCAAAUUUAGAAGAGUGUAGAUUAGCUGCUGAUGAUAUUCUCGAUCAGUUGCUUAAUUUUAAAGCAACAAACGAACCUAGUAGUCUCGAUGAAUUCCCUGGCGAUGGCGACGAAUCUUACAUCACUCCUUCAAUAAUACCACAUUCAAUUCUCACACCAAAUACCAAGGUGGCUCUUAGACAAGUUGAUGCCAUUCUACAUCAAAUUGAUUUUGUCGAGUCGUUUUAUCCUAACACCAAGGCUUUAGAGGAAGCUAAACCAAUGUAUGCAUCCAAGGACUUCAAAGAUAAACUCAACGCGCUAUGUUCAUAUGCAACUGUCGUCAAAUCAUUAAGAGCCACAAUUCAAACACUUCGUACAUGGACUGAUAGUAGUGACUUAGAUGUAACAAGAGCCAGCGAAUCUGAUACACCACUAAUGAUGCCACCUGUAGCUUCACAUAAUUCACAAGAGAGCGUCGAUAGAUCCAUAAAAACUGACGAUUCUUUUAAAGAUCAAACUACUCGCCGAAACGUCGAACCGAUGUCUUUUAUUGAGAAAUUGCUAAAAGAGGAAUCAUUCCAGACAUUAUUUGAAAAACGUACACUUGUUUCACUUACAUCUGUCUUGGAUAAAGCGAAAGACUUGCAUAUUAAUUGGAGGCACGUUUUUGAAGGUCUCAAUUUACCUGCUUUUGACAAUGAAUUGGUUAUACUUACAAGGUUCCCAAUAAAACUGAUGCAAGAGGCCCUUCAUAUUAAGUUAGAAUACGCAGCGAAAGUUUCUGAUCCUACCGGUUUAGUUGUUGAUCAGCUCAUUGAAGAUAUCAGAAUAGCACUUUCUCAAGCCACUUUUAUCAAGAGGAAAUGCUCAGAGUACAAUACAAGGAUUGUUGAUGAAACUACUGGUAUGGUAAAAUGGGAAUUGCCUAAUGAGAACGUAUCAGACUAUGACAAAGUGUUAUUGAAAACAGUACAGCAAUUCUUCAGAUUAAUUCUCAUUAAACUUAAAAGUGGUAGCAAAGCACUCUAUUUCAAGGAAACUGAUAUUUUGGAAGACCAAUGGAACUUUUUGCUAAGUAUUGUUGAAGAAAUCGAAGGUGCCGAUAUCGUUGUUGCGGAACGUUUCUGCUCUCUCACCAACAGAUUAAUGAAACGUAUCGCCAAUUACUUUGAAAUACAAUUGAAAUCAGUUGAUAUUACAAAUAUGCAACACAGUGAAACACUUUUCUGGUAUAGCACUAUUUUGGAGAAUGUUCGCUUGAGAUAUAGAAAGCUUCAUAGAUUUAGCAAACGUCUCGCUUUGCGUUUCGAUAACUCCUCUGAAUAUAGUUUAGAGGAUUUUGAUUUGAACGUCUUCAUAGAAACAUUAGUUAGUACGAAUCAUUUCCUCGUUUACUCCGAAUAUUUAGCGUCAGAGAGUAUUUAUAUCGUAGCAGAUAGUCAAUUGGCAGAUAGACCAGAGCUCAUCAUUAAUUUACUCACGCGCGCUUUCCUUUAUCAAGAUAAGCAAUCUCAGACCGAUAUUUUCACUGAACCGGAGGCGAGAUAUUUAUUAGUCAUUUCACCUCGUGCUCCAUUCUUUUGGAAUGGUUCAAUUAUGGAAAUUGAUCUUGGACCUGUUGAUUUAGAGCUUCAAGAGAAAAGAAUUAGGUUAAUAGCUGAUGGUCCAACAAACCAUUUACGCAGAGCUAAGGAAAAAUUUGAAUCCAUUUGGCUUGUAUCAAAUCCAGAUGGUGUUAGUCCACCUAUAUCAAAUUUUCCAUUUAGAACGAUAGCACAAGAGCAAGUCGCUCUACCAAAAGUUGAUAGGGAAUUACGUAAAAUAAGUUUAGCUGCUUAUAAGUUAACUUUAGCUAUUGGUAAUUCACCUAUGCUACUAAGAAAAAAAUUACAUGGUAUACCAAAUAGACAAGACACAUUAUCAAACUGGUAUUCAUUUGCGGCCGAGCAUGGACAACAUGCUAUUAAAUAUAUGGAAUCACCUGCGCUUGAGAUGUUCAAUAAGGUUUUAAUGAAACUUGCAAUCGAUUGGCUUGCAUUCAUUUGUGAAGAUUGUAUACCAACUGAUAGAAAAACAUUCAGAUGGGCUGUCAACGCACUUGAAUCUGCAAUGUCAAUAUCACAAGGUGAAAACAUUUUAGAACUCAAAUCAAAUGAAUUCGACCUCCUUCGUGAAAAAGUUGCAAUGUGCAUGACAUUGUUAGUUUCACAUUUUGAUAUCCUUGGUGCAAGGAGUAGCUUUGAAGCUAAAAAAGAGAAAGAAGCCAAAGAGGAAGCAAAGAAAAUGAGAAUGUUAUCUUCUAUUACAUCAGAUGACGAUGGACAUAAAAAUGACAGAUAUGGACAAUUCCUCUCAGAUGCAGGUUGGUAUCAUAGUUAUGAUGGUGCAAAUAGUAGCGUUAGGUACUUCGUUGAAGAAUCUAUGAGAGGUAUAUACGCAAUUGAAAAUCGUCGAAGAAACUUUGAGAAAGAACAAAACCUCGUUGGUAGAGUACUUGAUACUGAGAAGAUCGGCGACAGAUCAUUAAUUGUUUUAGCAAAUGCUGCUUCAAAUGUAUCGAUUAGAUGGCAACAAGGUCGUUUAAUUGGUGCAGGUACAUUCGGUUCUGUGUAUUUAGCUGUUAAUUUAGAUACAGGUGGUAUUAUGGCGGUUAAAGAAAUUAGAUUCAUUGAUGUCAAUGAUCCUGGUACAUUAUAUAAACAGAUACAUGACGAAAUGAAAGUAAUGGAAAUGCUAUCACAUCCAAAUAUCGUUGAAUAUUAUGGUAUUGAAGUACAUAAAGAAAAAGUCUACAUUUUCGAAGAAUUUUGUCAAGGUGGUAGUUUAGCCGGAUUAUUAGAACACGGUAGAAUUGAAGACGAGAGUGUUAUGAGAGUAUAUGCAUAUCAAAUGUUGGAAGGUUUACAGUAUCUUCAUUCGAAUAACGUAGUACAUAGGGAUAUUAAACCAGAUAACAUACUUCUGAACGAUAUCGGUAUUCUCAAGAUGGUUGAUUUCGGUGCAGCUAAAGUCUUGCAAAGAAAUAGAACAAUUGCUAGAACAAGGAGGAAUAAUAAGAACAAUGAUGGUCCAGGUGGAUCACUCGCUGGUACACCAAUGUAUAUGUCUCCAGAAGUCAUAAAAGGAGAAGGCGAUAAAGCCGGUGCAUUUGGCGCUAUGGAUGUUUGGUCAUUCGGUUGCGUUCUGCUGGAAUUGUGUACAGGCCGCAAACCAUGGCAUGGCUUAGAUAAUGAAUGGGCAAUCAUGUUCCAUAUUGGUGUUUCUGGUCAACCACCACAAUUACCUUCAACUAAUGAAUUAAGUGAACUGGGUAUUGACUUCAUAAGACAAUGUCUUAUAAUCGAUCCCAAGAAGCGUCCAACAGUUGACGAAUUACUAGAACAUCCUUGGAUCGAGAAGUUCAGAGAAGAAAUUGAAUUAGAAUAUGAAGAUGAAAUUAUUCAUCAACAUAGUCAGGACAAUGAUUAUGAAAAUACAAAUGAAAAUUCUAAUGAAAAGAUUCAACGGCGUGAUAUUGAGAACCUAAAUUCUCAUGAGCCUGAAACCCCUCCAAUUUAGUAUGUACUUGGACAUAAUCUUUCUAUUAUCGUGGUUUUGUUUUGUUGUAUUUGUUCCAUUUAUAAGGUCAUUUUGCA